AAGCUAAGAUCUGUCGCUGGCCAGAAAUUCGGAUUCUCCGCCGCCACAUUCUCCAGCUCAGCCACCGUUGAGCUCAAAUUCAAGCCACCAGUGAGCUCUAACCUUGUCGCAGCCACCAGUGAGCUCUAA